AGCUGAACAUGAACGAGUUGACGUCAUUUCCUACUUUCAAGGUGGGCUAAGACCAUUAGUCGUCGCGAAGAUGAACUAUCGGGUUAGUCAUCGGAGUGCAACGUCCGAUCUGACCGAUACCCGUUCAAUCUUUCAUCGAGAUCGGAUCCGUGCCCGGAGCGUCGGCCUUGUCGCCUAAGACCGAAGAGUUUGGGUUGUACGAUUCGAGGCAGAUGUCCACCUCGAGCCGUAAGACCGCCGUUCAAUAGUAAGCUGAACUAACCUUCGCGCUCUCGGAGUCAGAGAAAAAUGUUUUAUAUAGGAGCCAUCAUCUUGACCGAAAAAUUGAGUCAUGAACCCAUCAAUCAUCCUUCGACUUCAUUAAAUAUACCAGCAACGACAUUCGGACUUCUUGAGCUACUUGUCAACAUAUUUUCGAAAUGCAACUAUCAGCUGACACUCAAUACCACUACGAAGGACUUCGGAGCCUGGGCACUGUUCGCUACGGUGGAGGCGAUGUUCGAGAGCAGCUCAACGUGCUUGCAAAGAUAAAGCCUGGCGAUCCCGAGAGUUGGUAUUCUGAAUGGCACGCACUAGCCCACCGAGUCCUCGCCACGAUCGAGGAGAGCCAAAGCACAACCGGCCCUCUCUCACGCGUCAGUCUCCGCGAGGUUUACUUUCGCGCCAGCCAUUAUUUCUUCCUGGAGGAUUUUUUCAUUCACGGCAAUCCUGAGGAUCCCCGUAUCGCAGAAUCGUAUGCACAGUCCACCAAGUACUUCGACCUCGCGAACGAGCUCCUUCCUUUUCCCGGCAAGAAGAUGGUUCUGCCGACAGAGUACGGGUUCAACGUCCAUGGCAUGAUCUUCCAAGCUCAUCAUAUCGAUGGCAUGCCAGUAAAUGGACCACGUCCGACCUUGAUCAUCGGGGGUGGCUUCGAUAGCAAUUAUCAAGAAACAAUGCACGUCUUUGGCUUCGCCGCGCUUGAUAGAGGCUAUAACGUCAUUUUGUACGAGGGUCCCGGUCAGCCAACCUUACUUGUGAAGGAAAAGCGGGGCUUCAUUCCCGAAUGGGAAAGAGUUGUGACGCCGAUCAUCGAUUAUGUCGAGUCUGAGCAGAGGUCGGGUAGACUGGACUUCAUCGACUCUGGCAAACUCGGUUUGGUGGGAAUGUCACUUGGCGGCUGGCUAGCAGCGAGAGCCGCGGCAUUUGAACAGCGACUCGCUGCUGUCGUCCUCAUGGACGGCGUCUGGAACUUCCUUUUGUGCUUUCGACAGGCUUUCCCGGAAGCUUAUCAAGCAUUCUUGGACGGCGAUAUGCGAAAGUGCGACGAUCUGUUUGAGGAGAGUGGUAAGCCCGGCGCCCCAACAACUGCGCGCUGGAUCCAUGAUCAUGGAAAAUAUUCCUUCCGGGUGGCGACGGGUCAUAAACUUUUGGAAACAGCAGCGAAGAUGACCCUCGAAGGCGGCAUUGCGGAGAAGAUCACGUGUCCAACGUUCGUUGGGGAUGCCGUGGAUGACCUGUUCUUCGAAGGCCAGCCUGCGAAGGUCGCCGAAGCAGUCGGACCAAAAGCCACCCUCGCCGUCUUUGAUGAAGCGGAUGCAGCAUCGGCGCACUGUCAAAGCGGUGCCUUGAUAUAUGCAAAUCAAAGGAUUAUGGACUGGUUCGGAAAUGUCGUCGGUGUACUCUAAUUAUCGAGAUGAGGCCCUGUAUUUCAUUGCGUUGUGGUGUUGCUAUGUACGAAUCCAUAUCUUAACAAAAUUCGAUGGUAUUCGUGUCAGAUGAGGAUACGAUGUAAUGUCCACGA